AUGGCAUCGAAAAUAAAACGGGAUCUCCGCAAAACUAAGAAACUAAUUAUUCGUCGAAACAACAUACUUGGCUCAGCGAGAUUGAUAAAGGUUUUCGAUACUAACUACGUGCAUGAAACUGAUUUUCCUCAAUUGAAGUUCCGCAUUGAGAAGCUGGAAUCUCUCUGGGACGAGUUUAAUGAUGUGCAAGCUGAGAUAGAACUAGAUCAUGAGGUUACUGAUGAGAUUGCUGAAGAAAGAGUGUCGUUUGAAGAAGUUUACUUUCAACUCAAAGGAUCUUUGACCAGUAAGCUCGUAAAUGUGACCCCAUCGACCACCUCUAUGUCCUCAUCGCCUGUCGCCCCACCUACACAAACCUUCAAUGUCCGCCUCCCGGAACUUAAAAUACCAGAGUUCAAGGGAGAUUUCGAUGAAUGGAUGAACUUUCAUGAUUUGUUCGUCAGUCUCAUUCACACCAAUCAACAACUUUCAUCCAUUCAAAAAUUUCAAUAUUUGAAAGCGGUACUGAAAGGAGAUGCACUUCGGUUGGUACAAUCGCUAGCUGUAACUGCAACAAACUAUGGUAUUGCUUGGGAUCUUUUGAAAAGAAGGUUCGACGAUCGGAACUUUCUAAUAAAGCGAAAUUUUUCUGCUCUGCUUUCCACUCCAUCGUUGAAGAAGGAAUCCUCAUCUGCACUUUCGGAUCUUGUUGAUACGUUUGAAAAGCACAUCGGCGUGCUUGAUAAGCUAGAAGAGACGAGGGAACACUGGAACUCCUUUUUGGUGGAACUUCUCAGUAGCAAGCUAGAUCAUACGUCAUUGAAAGAGUGGGAGAAUCAGUUGGUCGAAGAUGAAAGACCAAAAUACAAAGAAUUAGUGUCAUUCAUCCAGAAACGGUCCCGAGUGCUACAAACCAUAACACUUUCUCAUACAUCGAUCGCUAAUAGUAAGACAGAUCUUCACAUUCAUCGAGUGAAUGUUUCUUCUCAUUCCGCAAUUACAAGUGCGAAUGUAAAAAAUUGUGUGGUUUGUCGUAAAGAUACUCAUUCAACUUCGUCAUGUGAUGAAUUCCUAAAAUUACAACCGAAACAACGCUUCAAUAUAGCUAAAAGGCAUGGUCUGUGCUUGAACUGUUUGAGGUCUUCGCAUUUGGUGAAAGACUGCCCUUCUAGCUCUUGUCGGACAUGCAACAAGCGCCAUCACACAUUGUUGCAUAUAAACACUUCCAACACAUUGGCUGUUCAGGUUGGUGAACUAUCGGAAGCUCAUGACCAACCAUUAUUUGCUUCACAAUCGGCCACGGUCGUCGAGUCGUCUUCGUCGGUUGGUGCGUGCAUUGUCGAUCAAUCGCACGUGGUCCCUCGGGUAAUGGGAACGUCGUCGGGAGGCCAAGGUUAUUCGUUAAGGAACGUGUCGCCGUCUCCAGUUGUACCGUCAGCGCCAGCUCAAGGAUUGGUGACAAGCUGCGCUGCUAUCACUCCUCCCACAUUCACUACAAACACGAAUACAACGAUUUUCUGCUCACGGCCUAUGUUCGGGUUCGUGACAUUGAUGGAACCUACUCAUAUGCUCGAGCUCUGUUAG